AUGGCGCCGCGGCACCAACUUCGCGCCGCUGCGCUUUUUGGUGUGCUUCUCAUCACCGGCGUGGCGUGCGUUGGCGUCACCGGCGUCGAUGCCAGCUCCGAUGCGGUGGUACAGACAACGCCAACAUACCCGCUGCUGGAUGUUGUCUUCCUCGCCACCGCCUCCAUGGACCCUGACAGGACGCUGUACAUAUCCUCUGCAAGCAACUGCAGCAGUCGGGUCUCGCCGAUCUGCACGCUGGGCCGCACUCAAGUCGGUGUAAACUACAACAGCUCAACGUGCAUCUUCAACGUCACAUCCGCCUCUCUCGGCUUGAACGCGGCGACAGCGUCGUCGAUACCUGCGCUUCACUGGUGCAGCAGCGCCACCGGCACCACGUCCUUUGCGACGCUGCAGAUGAACGCGGUUCGCAUGACACCCGGCUACGCCUAUUACAGUGAGGAGACGACCUUCACCUUCAACCAAGCAACCCCCGUUGGCGCCAAGGUGGGGCUGUACCGGGAAAGCAGCUGUGACACACUGCUGAAUGGCCUGCCGUUGACGACGCUGCAGAGCUCGCGCGAGCUAACAGCGAGCAUCGGUCCCCGCACAGUCACGUACGUGUGUGCGUCCAUUCCAACCGUCUUCAACAACGCCACCGUCAUCGCAGUGCGCUCGGUAGUUUACGGCGUGUCUCCCUAUGACAUAUACACCACCCAGGGCAUCCGUCAUCGCAGCGUCGCCAUCAGCGCCUCAUCGUCCUUCCACUACAUGUCACUCUCCACUGACCCGCAGUGCCGGACACUGGCGCAGCCAUAUCAGCAGACGGAGACGGGCGACGGGGCACUGACCAUCAAGGUGCCGCGCGGCACGUACUACUUCUGCGGCGUCGUCAUCCGCGGCCUCGAAGGAGUCGGCGUGUUUGUGCCAGCUCUUAGCACGUUCGAGGUGCUCGAGUACGGCAUUCAGCCGCACACCAUGUACGCGGCGCACGCCACCCCGAUGUCCUUCUCGCUGGACGCUGUCGCUGUGCAGAGCAAGCUGCAGGGCGCCCUUUUUACCACAGCCGACUGCGGUGUGAGCGGCAGCAAGCCGGUGACAAGCUGGAGCGCGUCAAUGACGUGGACGGUGGGUGUUGCCGGCACCUACUACGCCUGCGUACGCACAAGUGGCAGCACCCUAGCCGCCGACGUGGGCUACGUCAAUCAGGUGGUGGUCUCCAACAUCCCUGCCGUGUCUCUCGCUCGCCAGCCGGCCAUCAGUGGUCUCGGCGAGCUGGCUACGGUGACGCGCAGCGCCCUCGACGACGUCCCCGCAGCUGUAGUGACAGUCGGGCUGUCGACUAGCUCGAGCUGCGCUACUCUCUUUGCCGGGGGUAGCACGACGGAGACGGGCAGUACGGCCUCUUUUUAUGUGCCUGAGAACUCGCCAAGCAGCACCUUCUAUUGCGUGUCGAACCGACUCACGACAGACGCGAGCGGCGGUGACAGCAGUGAGCCCACCAAGGCGGUCUACUACCCGCUUGGAGCGCUGGAGCUGCGCACCUAUGGCCUGUCCUACCCUGCCCUACGCACCCAGGCGACGAUGGAGGUGGGACUUGACAGCGACGUUGUCUUCGGCAGCGGCACCUCCAUUUGUCUGACACCUGCUCUUCUCCCCAGCAGCAGCAGCAGCACUAGCAGCAGCAGCUUCGUUGACCAUGAUACCUGCGACACCGCGAUCGCCGCAAACAGCGACAUCGCCAUGACAUUCCAGCUCUCCAGCCUCACCUCCAAACUCACCCCCGUGCUAUUCCCAGUGGCAGGAAGCUGGUUGCUCUGCGUGCGGGAGCCUGGCGUGAUGGGCAGCACAUACGUGCGGCUGCGCACGUUGCGCGUGUACGGCAACGCCACUGUGACUCCAGACGGCGUCAUCCCGGGGAUACCUGCAAGGCUCGCCGUCACAGCGAUUCCGCCGUCGACGACGGUGAGCCUGACGACGGACACCGCCUGCUCGAUCGACAUGCCAGUGGUGACCACGACGCAGUCGAGCCUGACUGGCACGGCUGCCCUCGUCUUCACACACACGGCCGUGGGCAACCUCCUUCUAUGCGUUGGCUACCAUGGCGAGCACAUGUCUCAGGGGACGGCAGCGCAGCUGAUGGUGGCCGGCACCGUGGCGAGCACGAAUGCCCGCGUCGUGCCACCCCUGGCUGUCGAUUCCGUACCCACGCAGCUGACUUUUUCCGCCCGAGGCGCUUCGUCACUGAGCGGCUACACCGCGCUGCUGGUGCCGCCAAGCCCCAGCGGCCGCGUUGCGACCACGUGUCCAACAUCCGAGACCGCUGAACUUAUUCAGCUACCGAUAUCCGCGCCUCCCUCCGCUACAACCGGCUCGAUCGCCGUCGCCACCUUCACUCCUGCCAGCAGCACGGUGGGCACCGCGUAUCUCGUGUGCGCUGGUGCAGCUGGAAAAUUCAGUUCAGCCGGGACGGUGACGGUAGCUGCUGCUCCGGCCGUGACGACUGAUCCCUCGCCGCCCACGUUUGGACUCCCAGCCCAUGUGACUUUCAGCCGUGCCAUUAUGUCCCUCUCUCACGCGGACAUCUUCACUGUUAUCAAAGCCACAGACAGCUGCACCUCGGAUAUGAGCAUCGCAACCGUAUUCGCCACAGGCAGCGUGGACACCGCAACAGGGGUCGCGCAGCCCUUUGUGGUCCCCACACUGCCUCGCACGGUCACGUCGGCGCGGCUGUGCGUGGCGAAGAAGGGCCAACUCGUCGGCAGCACGCUCGGCUACGCAGACGCAGGCGUCAUUGCACUAGACACCUUCACCUCCAUCACUAGGUACGCACAGCAGGGGAGACCCAACACGCUGGUCGGCAAACCGCUCCUCAGCACCGCAACGCUCUACCUUGUCCGCUGCACCGGAGCUGAAUGUGACGCUAGCAACGCCGACGCCGCGUGCUCUUCUACUGACGCCACCAAGUACACCACUUCCAGCCACUCACCCCUCACAGCUCCCGCGGGCACGUACUUCCUGUGUCAGAGCGUGACGGUGGGCACGGUGGUGUCGGUGGUCGGCUCGAACACGACGGUGGAGGUGGUGGAGCCGUUUAAGAUGCACCUCUCCGUAGACCCCUCUGCCAUUCGCGCAUACGUGCCGUUCGCAGUGACCAUGUCGGGCGGCCCUGGCGGCGCGGGGGCGAAGUACACGGUGGUGGCGCAGCCCGCCUCUACUCCGUGCGGCGAGACGGCUGCCGAGUCACAGCGCUUUGUCACGGGCAGAGACACCACGGACAUCACCAUCACGGACAUCGUGCCGGUGCAGAACAUCCGCUUCUGCGUGCAACCGUCCCCUGCCGACAGCUUCGAAGUGCUGACGGGCACGCUGCAGCACUACAUGACGCCUGCAGCUGUGAUCGGCGACCGCGCGACGACGCUGACGUCUGGCGGUGUGAGGAGGGGCGCCACGGCGGUGCUGUCGCGCACGGCGGACUGCCUCGGCGUCGUGGCUGGCGGCGGCGCUGCGCCGAUCGUGGACGCGAGGGUGACGUUCACUGUCACGUCGUGCGGCGCGAACGGUGCGCUGGCGUCGCUGUACUACUGCGAGGCUGCUAGCGGCGGUGCGUACGCGUCCCGCGGUGCGGUGGGACUGCUGCGCGCGAGUGGGUGCAGCGGCGGCGCGGAUGCGAGCAUUGCCGAGGUGGACGCGGCGCCUGGCGCUGCGAUCGGCAGCUUUGGGAUCGACACGGCGUACCUGGCGAGGCCGCGGCUGUCUGCGUCGCCGGACUGCGACGUGCUGCUGGACGCAGCCGUUGCGAGCGUUGGGUACGCGCCCGGGGCUGGCGAGCGCGCUGCGUUCCACGUGUGCGCCGUGCUUGCGGGCGACGCGAGCGUGACGUUCACGACGGCGCGCCCGACGCUGCGCGUUGCGAACUGGGCCGUGUCGCCGACUGCUGCUGUGAGCCGGUACAACGCGACGCUUGGCGCUGCUGCUGCUACUGCGGUGCGCGUGAACUACGCGACGCCGUCGAGCGAGACGUUCCUGAGCACCGCGAGCGACUGCAGCGUGCGGACAGCGAGCGCUGCGGGGCUGAGCGGGGCGUCGAGGUCGGCGACGUACAGCACGACCGGCGUGCGCGGGCUUGUGUACGUGUGCACUGUUGCGCCGCUGAGCGGGAAGACGCUGGCGGUUGCGCAGUUCCUGUCCGUGACGCCGCCUGCUGUGCUGCGUGUGUCGCCGGCUGUUGUGCGCGGCGGCGAGUACAGCGCGACGCUUGUGGUGGACGGUGCGCCGCCGCUGUACUCGAUGGUGCCUGGCGCGGACAGCGGGUACACGCACAGCGGUUACUACACGAGCGCGAGCCGCGAGGUGUACCUGUCCGGGGACGCGUGCUCGGGCGUGCUUGCGGGGACGAGCGCGGCGACGGUGUCGUCGAGCGGGAGCGUGUCGCUUGCGACGGCGGGCGUUGCGGCGGGCGUGAGCUCUGUGUGGCUGUGCGCGGUGACGGCUGCGGGGCCCGCGGUUGUGCUGGCUGGCGUGGCUGUUGCGCCCGGCAGGGUGCACCCGACGACAAUGGUGUCGGGCGCACUGGGUGCGCCUGUCUUCAUACCGAGCCUGAAGGGCACGGCGGUGCAGCUGAGCGCGUCUGCGAGCGGGUGCGGGUCUGUUGCCGGGAUGCCGAGCUUCACAACGGAUGCGGAGGGCUACGGCGCUGUGGACCUUGUGGGCGGCGACGGCGGCGCGCUUGCGCCGGGCACGUACACGCUGUGCUACGGCGGUGCGCCGCGUGGCGGCGGCGGCGGUGCGGCGGCGCUGGAGUCGGUGGAGCUUGUGCGCGCGUCGUACUUCGACGUGCGCGGGACGACGUUUGUUGUGGGCGUGGCGGGCCGGAUGCCGCUGCUGCAGGACCUGACGGCUGAGGCGCUUGUGCCCGGGUUCAGCACCGCGCGCGACUGCACGUCUGUGUCGAGCGAGCACGGCGAGUGGGCUGCUGUGACGAGCACGUCUGUGUCUGUGACUGCGACGAGCGUGUACACUGCUGGGCUGUACCUGUGCGCGCGUGCGCCGGUGAACGGGACGCUUGUGGCGCUGCCCGGGCAGUGGUCUGAGGCGCGGAGCGUGCAGUUCGUUGCGUCUGCGAUGCAGCUGCCGUCUGCUGGGUGGGACGCGUGCACGACGUACACGCUGGGCCAGUGCUACCCGCCGGGCGCGAGCGCGAGCGGUGCGACGUCGGUGGUUGCUGUUGUGCACGGGGACUGCUGCAGCGAGUCGAGCCGGAGCGCGGUUGUCGGGGAGGCGAGCAUGGCGAGCGGGACGUGCGAGCUGACGCUGGACUACGACAAGGUGUCCGCGUACCCCGCGGGGUCGACGUACCACGUGUGUGUGUGGGACAGCGCGGACGACUCUGUGUGCACGACCGUGAGCGAGGCGCGCGUGAGCACGAACUGCACGCGCGGUGGCAGGGGGCUGAGCCGUGGCGCGGUGGCGGGAAUUGUCGUUUUUUGUCUCGUUCUUGGUUGCUGCCUGGCGUGCGUGGGCUUGUGGUGUUUCUGCUGCGUUCAUGUCGAUGUCGAGCUCGCGGAGGAGGUAGAGGCGGACAUUCCUGCCAACCCCUCGUUGGUGGUGAAGCUUCACGGACGCCGCUCCGCGGAGGUCCACUGGCGCGGCGACUCACCGAACGCCUCCUUCAGAAGCUUCAGUGGCUCAAUGUCGUCUUUGGGGACUGAUAUGUCGCUGACGUUGAACCCGCUACUGGUGAGUGCUGCGUACAACAGCGGGGCUGCGCUGCUGCCGGACGACCUUCCGAUAGUUCCUGUUACCGUCGAGGAGAAAAUCAGGAGCCUGCCGAAGCUAGAGUGGGAGCACCGUCGGCGCCUCGCGGCUCGCGAAGGGGAGGCGCGGCGUGCGGUGCGGAGGCGGUGCGAGGCGGACCUGCAGGUGGUGAAGGCGGAGGUGGUCGUUUUCGUCUCUGCCAGUGCCUACCGCGACGGCGACGACGAGGAUCCGACGAGACUCGAGUGA